AUGGCUGAAGGCAACUUCGCGACGACUCCAGAAGAGAAGGUUCUCUACAACGAGGAUUUGCUCGCCAUCAUUCUGCGAAAUGCAGACGCUGAAACGGUCAAUGCGGCGAUGUUUGUGAACAGUUUGUGGAACAAAGUCGUGGAGAAAAACGUCAAAAAAUUGAAGUUCGUUCGUUUUUAUUUUUAGAAGACUUUUUUCCGUUUACUUCUCUCAUUUCGUUGAUGAAUUUCUAGACGCGUCCCGGUGUUCAAAGUUAUUGUCGAGCGAGAAUUGAAUCGAGAUGGAAAUGGGGUCUUCCCGGCGCUUGCUCACCAACACAGUCUGCGAUCUAUGACUGUUCCAGUAAGAAUAUUUGAAAAAAAUGUCUAGAAAAACAAUAGAAAAAUUCAAAAAAACAGAACCAGCUUCAUUAUUUGACUUUCUCAUAGUUGAAUAUUAUAGAUUUUCCAAAAAGAAGACGUAGAUCAUAUUUGGUUUCUUUCGGAAAGUUUAUGAAAAAUUCAAUUUACCGUUCUUUCCAUAUACUUUCUUGAAGUAAGAGCUAAACCAAAAAAUGUUAUCGUGAUUUCUGAUGAUAUCACAGGUGGAACUAAAUAGGAAUGAAUAACGGAUAAAUUCAAUGGCAAAAUCAUCAAAUUUUAAAUCGAAAGAGCCCCUUCAGACAAAAAUCUAUCACCAAACAAGGCUUCUCUGAAAGGAACACUGACGAUUUCGAAAGGAUGAAAAAUCAAUAAUAUAAUUAUUGAUUAUUUAGCCUAUCCGAGUUCAAUCACCCGAAGAACUCCUGUUGAAGCUUCGUCGCUUACAACCUUCCCUUUUCUGCAAUCACUAUUGCACGAGUUGGGUUCCGGCGUGGUACCUUGCAGGCAUAUCAAGCGUUUGUUUUCUUCAAUAAAAAAAUACGUUAAAAACUUUUUUAGUUGGAAUUUCAUUUUGAAGAGCCCACAGAUCUUAUCGGCUACCUGAAAUUCGCUCAAACCUAUGCCACGCUUCACAUCGAAGGUGCUUACAUUUUAAACUCGUACGCAGAUCUGUUCGAGAAGCAUUAUUCGCCUCUCAUCUAGUGAGUUGAAAUCUCGGCUUUUUACUAUAUAUUGCUCAUAUUUUCAGUAUAAAAGGCCCCGGGGUCAAUAGCCACCUCAAACUCACUGGCAGAGACUUGAGAACUUUGGCCGAAGCGACCGGAGCGAAACCGCUGACUUUUCUCAACUUCCUGGAUUUUGAGCUCGAGUUCAGUACACAAGACUUCAACUACUUUGUCACUGUGAGUUUUUAAUCAAUUCUCACCUUAUAUAGGUUCAAAAUAAAUACGCAAAUAAUUCUUUCGCCAAGAUAAUUUGGGAUAUUCUCAUAGACAAAAUUUGUAGCUAGCCGUUUGAAAUUCUCACGUUUUCGUACUUAUUUGCAAGCUGGGAGGUUUGUGAACGUUUUUGAGAGAAACACAAUGAAAAAGUUGAAGGACGAAGACCGAUGAGAACUAUUGUUCUCGAUCAACUGAUUUCAGUGAAAAAAAGGUGCUUGGGACGCUUAUAUUCCGUGAUAUUUCAAAAACGCUUUUCGAGCCGAGCUUGAGAUUUUAUCAGGGCUUCAAAGUCAGAAAACUCCUUUUUUUGUCAUCUUCAACUUGAAAAAUAUUCCUUCCAGACGAUCUAGGAGUCUUGAGAUUUUUUCGACUCCAGGAAAUUCGCUUCAUAUUUUUCAUUUUUUUGUUCUUUCAGAUAUUAAUGGAUGAUCUCUACUUUAUUAAGAGUGUUACCGAAAAUUCGGGCUCUUGCGAGAAAAAGCUGUAGUGUAUUUUUUUCAUUUCUCUUUCAUUUAAAUAAUGCCCACUACAAGUGAAGAUAAUAUAUUUCUAAGAUUUGGAUGAAAGCAUUUUCAGUCCUUGAUAGCAGUGAUCAAGUUUAAACAAUCAAAUUUUAAGAGAUCGAGGUUCUCUCAGUUCCCGAACAUCUGUCUGCCUGUGAUUCCAUUUUCCGAAACGGAAUUCAAAUCGAUCAUGUCGACUUUGGACAACAAUUACGAGAGUUCUGUUGCGGUUGCCGUCCACAAAUACACGGUCAAAAGAGAAACUUCUCAAAUCGAUUUCUACCUGAGCGGAUUCACGAAUACUCAAAAUGCUUGA